AUGACCAAGCAAGAAGAAGCAGCAAUUAGCGGUUUUGGUUGGUUGCCAGAAGAUAUUAUUCAUCGAGUACUCUCUUUUCUCUGUAAAGAUGACAAACAAAAGACUCGUGGUUUAUCCAAACAAUGGUUCAAUGCUUAUGUUACGUACCCAAAAUUGUGUUUUUAUGGGAAGAACAAGCAGCACUUCGAUAAUACUUUGUCAAGACAUAUGUUUGGAGGGACCCCCUUACCUUAUCAGCUGGAAAUAACCUUAGAUUUCAACCAUGAUGAUGAUGACACAGCUCGAAUAUUGGACAAAUGGCUCAAAAUAGCUGUAGAGAAUGGAGUCAAAGAGCUGAAUAUUCGACUUAGACAUUUAUAUCCUUCCGGCUACAUCGUACCAGACUACAUUCUUGGAAGUAAAUCUUUGAAGAUGUUGUCUCUUUUUAAUUGCGAGUUUCCGGACAAGUUGACAUCGUGGAUUUUGUGUAAGAACAUCCACACUUUAGUCUUGCUGGAAGUCUCAAUUAAGGAUGAUAUAUUUUCUUCCAUGCUCAUGAGUUGUCCUUUGAUUGAGUAUUUGAGAGUAGAAAUUUGUCCAAAUUUGAACAAAGUUGAGUUGAUCAACGUUCCCUGCCUCAAAGAGCUUCACAUUACAGGCCACUUCAUUCGUCCUGAACCUAUUUUUCCAUUGAAGUAUCAACCAUAUUUUGUUGAACCACAACCACAACGAGUACAUCAAAAUCUGCGGAGUUUAAGAUUUGAGAAGGUGAUUCUCAGGGAAGCAUUCUUUCACAAUUUCGCGAAUAAGUUUCCGCAUCUAAAGUCCUUGGUUAUCCGUUCUUGCGAUGGCUUUGCAAGAAUGAAGUUAACGAGUUAUUCGCUCGCAAAUCUGGAGUUUGAGUCUCAUUUUCUUCAAGAACAAAAGCUAGAGAUUAAUGCUCCCAACCUCACUAGUUUUUGCCUUGCUCCAUUCAACAUAUUUCCAAAAGUAUCCUUCAUAGCUGUUUCGCCCCGAAUCAAAUCCAGUGUAUCUCUUUGCUUCAAUUUCCCUAUUAUUGGCGAGUCCUGGAAUCCAAGGUUAAAUGAAAUGCUUUCAAAUUUAGCACCAUCCAAAAUAUCUCUCGACAUUACUUUGGGAAUUAAAAAAUCAUUCAGUUUAGAAGAAGAGGAGGACAAAUGGCUUGAACCCUCCAUUAAUGCCUUAUGUGAUUUAUUCUUCGCUUGUGGGCCUGAGACUAUCAACCUGAAUUGGGAAAGAAAUGAAAGGGCUCUUCACAUAGUCAAUGGUGUGCAAAACAAGCUAGUUGAGAUGCAUAAUCAGAACCUCAUAAUGGAUUUUCGGAGGUUUGUUUUCCAUGCAAAUGGGAAAAAAUGCCAGAAACAGCCACUAGAUUCAACGGAUUUUUCAGAUGUUGAAUGUAAGGAUUGUAAGGGAUGGAAAGAGAUUCGUUUUGAUAUAGGAUGGAAUUUACAUUGUUGUUCUGGCCAGACAGGUGAUGAACCAACAAACAAACGUUUUCAUGAUUCUAGCAAGAAGACUGAGGAUGAUGAACCAACAAAUAAACGUUUGAGGGGUUGA